AUGAUAGCAGCCCCCGAGUACGAAUGGGAGAAGGAAGACUCUGCCGUUCUCGAGGGACCGUACGGAGUAAUUUCGCCUUGUGGCACGAUUUACGUAGUCUACUCAGCCGACUCUUGCAGCACGCCGGCGUACAAGCUCGGCGCCAUGAAGUUCGCUAAAGGCGGCGAUCCGCUCAGCCGAAGCUCAUGGACCAAGUUAUCCCAGCCCAUCUUCGAAACCAAGAACGGACUAUAUGGACCUGGCCAUAAUGCCUUUUUCAAGAGCCCCGACGGGACACAGGAUUGGCAGGUGUUCCAUGCCAACCUUAAUCCUGGCGAUGGAUUUGACCUGGGCGACCCUCUGCCAGUCGGCACUGAGAUCAAUCCACCUAGUGGCGAGUAA